GACAGGAGCGUGGUGCUCAGGAAGUGGUUCGAUCUGCUGACGCUGCACAAAGAGGACCUCGCCAGACUCAUCACCUUCGAAUGUGGAAAGCCCCUGCAGGAGUCCCGCGGGGAGAUCGCGUACGCCGCCUCCUUCCUGGAGUGGUUUUCGGAGGAGGCUCGGCGAGUGUACGGAGACGUGGUCCCCUCCCCCGCUAGAGACCGGAAGAUCCUCCUCCUCAAACAGCCCACCGGCGUGGCCGCCAUCAUCACGCCGUGGAACUUCCCCAGUGCGAUGAUCACCAGGAAGGUGGGCGCGGCGCUAGCGGCCGGUUGCACGGUGGUGGUGAAGCCGGCCGAGGACACGCCGCUGUCCGCCCUCGCUCUGGCCGAGCUGGCGGAGCAGGCGGGGGUCCCAGCGGGGGUCUUCAACGUGGUCCCCUGCUCCCGGGAGAAGACUCCCUCUGUCGGGCAGGUUCUCUGCACCGACCCCCUGGUGGCCAAAAUCUCCUUCACCGGCUCCACGGCCACCGGCAAGAUACUUCUGAAAAUGGCCGCCGACACGGUGAAGAAGGCGUCCAUGGAGCUGGGAGGCCACGCCCCCUUCAUCGUGUUCGACAGCGCAGACGUGGAAAUGGCCGUCAGCGGCGCCAUGAACUCCAAGUUCAGGAACUCCGGACAGACGUGCGUGUGUUCGAACCGCUUCCUGGUGCAGAGCAAGAUCCACGAUGUGUUCGUGGAGAAGCUCAGCCGAGCGAUGGACGCCGAACUCGUGCUGGGUCACGGCUCGGAGCCCAGCACCACGCAGGGCCCGCUGAUCAACAACAGAGCUGCAGAGAAGGUGGAGGCCCAGAUCUCGGACGCGGUGUCCCGGGGGGCGAAGGUUCUGCGGGGGGGGAAGCGUCUGGACGGCUCCUUCGUGCAGCCCACGCUCCUCACUGACGUCUCCACAGACAUGAUCUGCACCCGGGAGGAGACCUUCGGCCCGCUGCUGCCCGUCAUCAGGUUUGACACAGAGGAGGAAGCUCUGGCCAUCGCUAACGCUUCUAAUGUCGGGCUGGCAGGGUACUUCUUCUCGCAGGACGUGAGUCAGAUCUGGCGCGUGGCGGAGGCGUUGGAGGUGGGGAUGGUGGGAGUGAACGAAGGCCUCCUGUCCACCCCGGAGGCCACGUUCGGGGGGGUCAAACAGUCCGGGUUGGGCCGCGAAGGCUCCAAAUACGGCGUGGACGAGUAUCUGGAGGUCAAGUACAUGUGCUUCGGAGGCCUCAAACCCUGAAGGGAGGCAGCAGGGAAAUACAAUCAAAGUAUAAGUGCAGUAAUCUGUCAAGGUGGUCAUACCUGUAGAUCUCAGGUUCUUAAAUUAACGUACCUGUGACCAACACAUCUAAAAUAACCCCUUUUUAAAUUUCAGCUUCUUGACUACCUUUUGAAGAACUUUAAGUUUAAGUAAAUUAGUAUGUUUUCACUAAUCGGAAAAUAGCUCGUUAGGAACGUUUUUGUUUUCAAAGGAAAUUGUCUUUCGG